AUGGCCAAGUUAUGGUCAGUCGGGUGGGGACCGACUGUGUUUGGUGCAAGUUGGCAUUUUCGGUACUUAUCUAGCACUAUUCGGUAUCUCCCCAAAGCUUCCCGAAUACCUCCCUCAGACCCUAGUGCAGGUGCAUGCUUAUCAUUAAGGUACAGCCUGUAG